CGACAGUCGUAUUGUUUGUAAAUGUAUCUAUUGAAAUAUUUGUACGCUAGUUCUGUUAUGAUAUUUUUCGUGUAAAAAUGUUUUUUUUAACUAUUACAUUUUUUUAUUUAUUAUCAUUUUGCUUUCUUGUGAGUGACGGGAAAUAUAGCCGGCCGAAUAUAGUUCUAAUUGUUGCUGAUGACUUGGGUUGGGAUGAUGUCAGUUUCCAUGGGUCUAACCAGUCUUUAACUCCUAAUAUUGACAUGAUGGCACUGACCGGUGUAGCGUUGGAACGCUACUACAGCCACUGUGUAUGCACACCGUCGCGAACAGCCAUGCUUAGUGGAAAAUAUGCUCACGUUGUAGGAAUGCAAGGAUAUCCCUUGACAAAUGGAGAAGACAGAGGACUACCGCUGAUACAUAAAUUAUUACCACAAUAUUUCAAAGAUUUAGGUUAUAUCACACGACUGGUUGGGAAAUGGCAUCUUGGGCAUUCGAAGAAGAAAUAUUUACCAACAUAUCGCGGAUUUGACAGCCAUUUUGGACAUAGAGGCGGUUUUAUUGAUUACUAUGAAUAUAUAUUGCAGGAGACUUGGACUAUAGGAGAUGUCGCUGGCUUUGAUUUAUAUAGAGAUAUGACCCCAGCCUGGGACGCCAAAGGUUAUAUCACCGACCUUUACAAUGCGGAAGCCAAAUCAAUAAUAAGCAAUCAUGAUAAAGACAAGCCGCUAUUUCUAAUGGUAGCACACAACGCACCCCACUCCGGUAACUUGGGAGCGCAGUUACAGGCUCCGCCGGAAAUCGUGCGAGACAUGCGAUUUCUUGCCUCUCCACAAAGAAGGAUAUAUGCUGGUAUGGUUAAGAAAUUAGACGAUAGUGUCGGCGAUAUAGUAAAGGCACUGCAUACAAAAGGAAUCUUAGAUAACACGAUAAUCGUAUUUAUAUCAGACAAUGGUGGUGCAACGACAGGUGCUUCAGUCAAUUAUGCAUCCAAUUAUCCACUAAGAGGUAUUAAGUUCACUCCAUUUGAAGGAGGUGUUAGAGUUAAUGGAUUGAUAUGGAGCAAGAACUUGACUAAAACUAAUAAUAUAUGGAAAGGAUAUAUGCAUGUAUCCGAUUGGAUGCCUACAUUAUUAAAAGCAGCUGGUGCAACUCCACCAGAAGAUAUUGAUGGCAUUGAUCUAUGGGAUAGUAUCACCUCUAAUAAGUCCUCCAAACGCAAUGUCAUAUUCGAAAUCGACGACUACAGUGGAUUUGCUGCUAUUAUUGAGGAUGAGUUUAAAUUAGUUACGGGAACAGUUGUGACUGAAUAUUGUAAUCACCAAGGAGGAGAACUAAGAGGACUCACUUGUGAUCCUCCCACAUAUAGAAAAGCUCUUACUGAGAGUGCUGUAUAUUCCGUCAUAACAGAAAUGGGUAUUCCCUUUAAAUUAAACGAUAUAAACUUAAGGGAGUACAUGAAAAUAGACUGUCCAGUGAAUGAUAAUAGUGAAAUUUGUUAUCCCGAUAAAGAUAAACGGUGCCUGUUUAACAUAAAACAGGAUCCUUGUGAAACACUGGAUUUAUCAGGUACUUAUCCCGAUGUUGUUGAUAGAUUAUACUCCCGUUUACAAGACGAGAUUAAAAGGACAAUUCCGAGGAAAGUGCCGCUCGUAAGAGACUUGAAAGCUGCGCCAAGCUUGCAUAAUUACACAUGGACAAUAUGGGCUGACGAGAUCGCAUCUGAGUAAAGUUUAGUUAGCAGCUUAGAGAAGUGUUUAGUAACGCUAUGGUACAUUUUUAUGACAGUAUGCUGUAAAUUAUUAUUUACUUUUUUAAUGUACAUUGCAACUCUUUAAUUUAGACAGGCAUUAUAGAUGAGCAUAAGACAUUAUAGUAUAAUUGUAAAAAUAGACUAAUAAGUAAGAGGUUUUUUUUCAUUUAAAUUAAUAAAUAUUAUGUAUAUUGUAAAUAGUAAGAAUUAAGUGAAGAUAAACUUUCCAUGUUGAAUAUCAUAUAUUUAGAUAACGUGGGUCUGCAAAACGUUAAGGCACUUAUAAACUUACUACGAUAAACCAUUUUUCACUAAGCAUUUACUUUUAAGCUCAACAACUAAAAAAAUAUCAAUAUUUUUAAUAGGUUAUUGAAUUUAUAUAGAUUUGAACUGAUUUAUUUAAAUAAAUAAAACUCGUAAUCUAUUGCUUGAAGAGUCAUCUUAUAACGAAUUCAAAACGAUGUCAAGGUUUUAAGAGCUGAUAGUUUGCUUUCAUCUGAGAUUUCUUAACUUACUAGAUUUAAAUAUAAUACGAAAUAAUUAAAUAAAUAAAGCUCUUCAAAUCGGAGACUGAAAAAAAUACUUAUUUUGUUUAUUUACCGCAUUACUUGUACCAGGCGUGGUUUUCGUCUUGAAUUUCCGAAGUCACAAUUAAUAUAUGUGUUAGGAAAAUCAAACAAUUCAACAAUGUCCAAAAUUAAUCUUCAAGGAAUUGAUGACGGAUCUUUAAACAUUUUAUAACAUUUAUUCGUAUAUUUUUCUAUGAAAAAGUACAGUUGACAAGCGUAUAAUAAUCUAAUAAAAGUAAGAAAGAUAUAGAGAUCUGGGUGAAACUAUUUAUUUUCUUUAUACAAUGUACACAUCAACUAUAAAAUCGAGUCCUGGAAAUAUAAUUAUCCCCAUGCAGCGUUCAUUAAAUUGUAAAUGGUAUAAGAAUGACGACUCAUCUGAAAAUAAAGUUUCAUUACCCACAAAAAUAGGUAGUCAAACUAUUUACAUGAAGGACCUUACCUCGGCAAACGUGUCAAGACAAAUGGGGUAAAAUAUUGUACGGAUAACGAGCGGCAUUGUAGUCCUGGUCAACAUGAAUAAUAUCG